UGUUUUUCUUAUAAUAAAGAAUUUGCACCCCACUCACAUUGAAUGAACCUUCCCAAGUUAUUUUCUAACACUAAAUGAACCUUCCCCAGUUAUUUUCUGACAUGUGCUUGUCAAUAACCUCACUCUUCAAAUUGUCACAAAUCCAACACACACACACACACAGAGUAUGGCAGAUUUGUUUAUCAAACAGAAUUCUGGGGAUAAUCCUAUUUACCAGGCAAAACAGUAUUCUGAAGGCAGGCCUAAUUACCCUCAAGAACUCUUCCAUUUCAUUGCUUCCAAUACUCCCUCUCAUGAACUAGCAUGGGAUGCUGGCACCGGCACUGGCCAAGCAGCCAGCUCACUGGCUGGGAUUUACAAGAAUGUGAUAGCGACGGACAUAAGCCCAAAUCAACUAGCAUUUGCAGCAAAGCUACCAAACAUUACAUAUCAAUGCACUUCCCCCAGCAUGUCCAUGGAUGAACUCCAAAACAAAAUUGGAUCAGAAUCCACUUUUGAUUUGGUCACUACAGCUCAAGCCAUGCACUGGUUCCACCUCCCUACCUUCUACCAACAGGUGAAGUGGCUUCUAAAGAAGCCCAACGGGGUCAUCGCAGCCUGGUGUUACACCACACCGGAAGUUAACCCUACGGUUGACUCACUGUUCCAUAGAUUUUACACUAUCGAUGCUGGUCCUUACUGGAAAUCUGGUACGUCCCUGGAAUCACCUCGUGAAAUAGUGGACCAGAAAUACGAAACCAUCUAUUUCCCGUUUGAACCAGUAGAUGGGCUUGAGCACAAUGGACCGUUUCGGUUUAACAUGGAGAAGGUGAUUGAUUUGGAGGGCUAUUUCACGUACUUGAGGUCGUGGUCUGCGUAUGAUUUUGCUAAAGAAAAGGGUGUGGAGUUGCUCUCAGACAGUGUAGUGGAAGAGUUCACAAGGGCUUGGAACGAAGAUGGCAAAAUCCAAAAGACUGUCAUUUUCCCUAUUUAUUUAAGGAUAGGGAAAGCUGGUUUACCAAGUUAAGAGACAUCUCUAUUUCAGAUGCAUAUAUACAUAUGUAUGACGAGCAGUUAAACAUGCUACCUGAAUAAUUUCGACGUGGACAUGUAGCUAGUCAAUGGUGCUUGGGCACGAUGAACAUUCCUUGUAAUAAAGCUGUAACAUUUUGAUUGCAAAUUUCUGGAAUGAAAAAAGAAACUCAUAGUUCUAUUAA